AUGAUUAUUAAAAAUAAAGAUGAAGGAUAUGAGAUAUUUGAUUUAUAUGAAGAUGAUAUUUCAACUCUUUAUUCAGUUUUCAUUGCACCAAGAACUCAGAUUAUUAUUGAUGGAAUUAAAAGAGGAUUUUCAUUAUCUAAAACUUUUAAAAUGAAUAGAACAUUAUCUAAAGAUAUGUAUCAAAAUAAAUUAAAUUAUUCAACAUUAAAAUUUGAAGAUAAUUUUGAUGCAUAUAUAUUAAUGUAUUUUGAUUAUGAAACUGUUAAUAUUAUGAAUUUAAAAAAGAAUGAAUUAGGAAGAGUUUCUACUGGAUUUGUACAAGAUCGAGCAUUUAUAGCAAUUUUAUUACAAAAUGAGGAAUUUCCUGUAGAGUAUGAAAACAAUAAUUGUGAUUUAAAUUUAGUAUACACUAAAACUCAAGAUGAAUUUUUUUUAUUCACAUUAAGAAAAUUAUAUGAACUUCAAUUAUUUAGUGAUUUUAUAAGAAUAGCAACUGGAAAAGAAAAAGAAACAGAAGAUAUAAUUAGAUGGGAUUUUUGUCAAAAUUAUAUUACUAUAAAUGCUAGUGAAAAAACUAAACAUUAUUAUCUUAAAAUAAAUGGAACUGAUGAAUAUGAUCAACAAACAAUGUUUAGACAACAUUUUGGAAUGUUAGCAAAUUGGAAAUUGAAUAAUAUAUUAAAAAUGCUUAAGUUGAAUCCAAAAGAUGAUUUAGAAAUUAAAAAGAUAGAUUGUAUAGCACCAAAAGAAGCAAUUGAAUAUAUAAAUAAAAUUACUAAAUAUAGAUUAAUAUUAGAUCUAACUAUUAUACCUUUAUAUGAAUAUUCAUAUAGUAAUAAAACCAAAAUGAUAAAUAAUUUAUUUGUUAAUUUAGCUCAUCAAGAAAAGUUUGAAAUAUCAUUUAAAUAUAGAAAUAGAAAUCAAAAAGAAAAAUUUAAAGAUGGUUUAGUUGGAGAUCCAGAAAAAGGAUUUUCAUCAUUAACUCAUAUAGUUUUAGAUUUUAAUUCAUUAUAUCCAAGUCUCAUGACUCAAAAUAAUAUAUGUUUUCUUACUAAACUUUUGGAUAAUGAAGAAAGAAAGAAAUGUUAUGAGAUAUCAUUUGAAGAUAUAAAAGAAAAAACUAAAUAUGUUAGAUUUUCAAAAACUAAAUAUGUUAGAUUUUCAAAAACUAAAAAAGAAUUAAUACCAACAAUUUUAAAAUUACUUAUAAAACAAAGAAAACAAGCAAAAAAAGAUCGUAGUAAAUAUAAUAAAUCAGAUAAAAUAUAUGUUAAUGAAUUAACUGAGAGUCAUAUUAAUCAAGGAAAUUCUGAAAAUUUAAUUUAUACAAAAGCAUUAGCAUUUAUUGAAAAAAAUUAUAAUUAUUAUAAUAUUUUACAAAAUGUUUUAAAGAGAAUAGCUAAUUCUAUUUAUGGUCAAUUUGAUAAAAAAGUAAAUGAAGAAGAUUUUAGUAAAAUAAUAUAUGAUAUUCAAAAAAAGAUAGUACUUGUAUCUUAUAAUAAAGGUAUUAAUUUACAAAAUGAAAUUAAUAAAUGGAUAGCUAAUGAAAUAGAAUCUUCUUAUAUUGUUAUAGAAAAGAAAAAAGGUUUAAAAAAUCAUGUUAAAGAAGUUUUAAAAGUUGAUAAUAUAACAAAAGAAAUGAUUGAUGAAUAUAUUAAGACAGCAAAUGAAUAUACUUUAUUAUCAUAUAGUAGAAAAUUUGAUAAUUUAUUAGCAAAAGAAACAGAUUUAGAAUAUCAGAAUUUUAUUAAUUUUAAUGAAAAUGAAUGGUGUAGAGAUAUAAGCAAAAAAAUAAUUAAAGAUUUUAUUAAAUAUCUUUAUUCAAAAGAAACUGAAUUGGAAUUAGAAUUAUUUGAACAAAAUGCAAGAAACAAUGAAGAAGAAGAUAAUGAUCAAGAUUAUAUUUAUUUACAAAAGGAUGAAUUAAAAGAAGAUGGUUCAGUAAUUGAAUAUAAAAAAGUUGAAUUAAAACAAGUAUCUGAUGAAGAUACAACUUCUUAUGUUAAGAAAUUUGUUGCUGAUAUGAAAUUGAUUAGUAUUAAA